AUGAAGUGGUCCAAAAGUUUGACUGCUUUGCUACUACUCGGCGCUACCGUCGACGCCACAUGUCCCUUUGCUGGCCAAGGAGGGGUUCGGGGAUCUAUGACCGGGCCCAAUCCCCAUACCGAAGAAGGGCGUCGAGUCCUGGCCAAGAAGAAGCAGCGUCAACAACGGCGAUUGGUGCAUUCCCCAAGAACAGGGGAUUAUGGAAUCCCCGAGGGUGGAUUUGCUGCUGUUCGUGAGGACAUCAAGACCAUGCUGGUGACAUCUCAAGACUUCUUCCCUGCUGAUUUUGAGCCUCCCAUUGGACCCAACUAUGGCGGUCUCAUGAUCAGGCUUGCCUGGCACUGCUCUGGAUCCUACCGUGCCUCUGAUGGCCGUGGUGGAUGUGAUGGAGGACGCAUCAGGUUUGAUCCUGAAUUGAACUGGGAAGACAAUGCCAACUUGAACAAUGCAAUGAAGCUUCUUGAGCCAAUCAAGGAAAAGUAUGGGUCCUCCUUGUCCUGGGGAGACUUGAUUACUCUCACAGGAACUACAGCCAUUGAGUUUAUGGGAGGUCCUGUUCUGGGAUUCUGUGGAGGCCGCAUUGACGAUGUUGAUGGAAGUGACAGCUUAAUUUUGGGACCAUCAGAUAUCCAGGAAGAGCUGUCCCCGUGCAAAAGCAUUGGCCAGCAAGGAGCAUGCGAGUCCCCUCUUGGACCAACCACUGUUGGCUUGAUCUAUGUGAACCCAGCUGGUCCUGUCAAUGCCACAGGUAAUCCCGUGGCCAGUGGUCUGGAUAUCCGUCAAGCAUUUGCCAGGAUGGGAUUCAACGACACUGAAACUGUGGCAAUUAUUGGGGGUGGUCAUGCCUUUGGAAAGUGUCAUGGUGCCUGUACCAACCCUCCUUGUGGAGAAGAGCCUCUGGUUGGUAUUGGCCCUAAUACCUUCACCAGUGGUUUUGAGGGAGCCUGGACUACAGCCCCUACGACUUGGACCAACUUGUACUUUACCAACUUGUUGGCUUUGGAGUGGGAAAGUGGAAUUGGUCCUGGUGGAAAUCUGCAGUGGGCUCCUGUGAACUCUGACGAUGAUAUUAUCAUGUUGACCAGUGACAUUGCCCUCUCUGCUGAUCCAGAGUAUUUGCCAAUCUCCCAAGAGUUUGCAGCCGACAUUACCUCUCUAGAGGAGCAGUUUGCCCAUGCCUGGUACCGUCUCAUGAGCAAUGACAUGGGCUCCAGAGAAAGGUGCAUCAAUGAGAACCCUGAUGAUAUCCCCCCUGCUCAGUGGUGGCAAUAUCCACUUCCAGAGGCUACAGAAACUGAUGUCGAUUACGUCCCUAUUCGUACUAUGAUUCAAGACAUGAUUGACUCAGAUAGCAGCUAUGUGGAAGCUUUCUCAAACCUGGCUUAUAGGUGUGCUUCAACCUACCGUGAUACGGAUUACCGAGGUGGAUGCAAUGGAGCGAGAAUCAGAUUUGAACCUGAGAACGAUUGGCCUGAGAAUGAAGGCACAGAAGAAGCACUUGCUGCGCUUGAUCCAGUCAAGGUGGAAUUCCCUGAGAUUUCCUAUGCUGAUCUAAUUGUGCUGGCUGGACACACAGCCAUUGAGGCAGCCGGAGGAAAGAUGAUGCCUUUCUGUGGUGGCCGUGUGGAUGCUAUCGAUGGCUCUGGAAGUGUUGACCUUGCCCCCAGGUAUUACACCCCUGCUGUUGUAUCCAUCCGUGAUGACAUGCAAGUCAAGGGCUUGUCUCCACAAGAGGGGGUCGCCUUGUUUGCCAAGCCUGCAGUGGACGCGCCCCUCAAUCAGUUCUUCGUUGGCUUGGUUGAUGCUGACCCUGAAACAUUGUCAGAAACUGAGAGGGCACUGCUGGAGCCAGAGUUUUUGCCUAUUGUAACACAGUUCGCUGAAAGUGAAGAUGCCCUUAAGGAAUCCUUCUCGAAUGCUUGGAUUCAUAUGAUGACAUCCGAUCGCUUCGAUGGUCCCACCGGCAAUGUCUGUGAUGCCAGAACGGAUGUUACACUGGAGGGCGUGGAUGUGCUUGAGGUGACCAGAGACUAUGGAAUCCCCGAGGGUGGAUUUGCUGCUGUUCGUGAGGACAUCAAGACCAUGCUGGUGACAUCUCAAGACUUCUUCCCUGCUGAUUUUGAGCCUCCCAUUGGACCCAACUAUGGUGGUCUCAUGAUCAGGCUUGCCUGGCACUGCUCUGGAUCCUACCGUGCCUCUGAUGGCCGUGGUGGAUGUGAUGGAGGACGCAUCAGGUUUGAUCCUGAAUUGAACUGGGAAGACAAUGCCAACUUGAACAAUGCUAUGAAGCUUCUUGAGCCAAUCAAGGAAAAGUAUGGGUCCUCCUUGUCCUGGGGAGACUUGAUUACUCUCACAGGAACUACAGCCAUUGAGUUUAUGGGAGGUCCUGUUCUGGGAUUCUGUGGAGGCCGCGUUGACGAUGUUGAUGGAAGUGACAGCUUAUUUUUGGGACCAUCAGACAUCCAGGAAGAGCUGUCCCCAUGCACUAGCAUUGGCCAGCAAGGAGCAUGCGAGUCCCCUCUUGGACCAACCACUGUUGGCUUGAUCUAUGUGAACCCAGCUGGUCCUGUCAAUGCCACAGGUAAUCCCGUGGCCAGUGGUCUGGAUAUCCGUCAAGCAUUUGCCAGGAUGGGAUUCAACGACACUGAAACUGUGGCAAUUAUUGGGGGUGGCCAUGCCUUUGGAAAGUGUCAUGGUGCCUGUACCAACCCUCCUUGUGGAGAAGAGCCUCUGGUUGGUAUUGGUCCUAAUACCUUCACCAGUGGUUUUGAGGGAGCCUGGACUACAGCCCCUACGACUUGGACCAACUUGUACUUUACCAACUUGUUGGCUUUGGAGUGGGAAAGUGGAAUUGGUCCCGGUGGAAAUCUGCAGUGGGCUCCUGUGGACUCUGAGGAUGACAUUAUCAUGUUGACCAGUGACAUUGCCCUCUCUGCUGAUCCAGAGUAUUUGCCAAUCUCCCAAGAGUUUGCAGCCGACAUUAGCUCUCUAGAGGAGCAGUUUGCCCAUGCCUGGUACCGUCUCAUGAGCAAUGACAUGGGCUCCAGAGAAAGGUGCAUCAAUGAGAACCCUGAUGAUAUCCCCCCUGCUCAGUGGUGGCAAUAUCCUCUCCCCGCAAUGGAGGAGCCGGAGGAGCCCGUGGACUAUGUCAGUGCCCGUACAAUGAUCCAAGGAUUGAUUGAUGUUGACAGCAACAACAUUGCUGCCUUUGCGAACCUGGCAUUCCGCUGUGCAUCAACCUACAGGGCCACCGAUUACAGGGCCAUCGAGUCUGCGGGUGGCAAUGACAUGCAGUUCUGUGGUGGCCGUGUGGAUGCUGUGGAUGGUGCUGGAAGCAUUGGCCUUGAGCCCAGGUACUACAGUCCUCCUGUUGUGUCCAUUCGUGAUGACAUGCAAGUCAAGGGAUUGACAAAGCACGAAGGAGUGGCUCUCUUUGCCAUUCCAACGGGUGGCGAUGAUGAUGUGGAAGUUGCCAUCGAACGAAAUCUCCCGCCCAAUGCCUUGUCCAACCAGUACUUUGUCAACUUGCUGGCCGGCGACGGCGACUUUGACGAGUACGAGAUGGCGCUCUUGGAGGACGAGUUCUUGCCCAUUGUACAGAGAUUUGCUGGCGACAAUGAGCUCUUCUUGGGAGUGUUUGCUGCCGCCUGGAACAAGAUGAUGACGGCUGACCGCUUUGACGGACCCGUUGCCAACAUUUGUGAUAGCCGUACGGACGAAACGCUGGAGAUUGUCCCUCGUGAAAACGUGCCCCUCCCGAUUGAGGAUAGCGAAGAUGAGGGCGACGAUUUUGGUCUGGACAGCAAAUCCGGUGGAUCGGAAUACGAAAAGGGCGAUGCUGGCAUGGGCUCGAUCCUCGAAGGUUCUUCUGGGGUAUCCUUCUUCUCGGGAACCAUGUUUGGAUUGGUGCUGGUUGUGGCUUCAGCUAUGAUUUGA